AUAAAUUGCUUGGGUUUCUUUCAUGUUCACAUUUUGGUUGAUUUAUUAGCUCAUGAAAGCACACAAAAAAAUGAAAGAUCAAGAGGAAACAUAAGCUAUUCUUAGGCUGAAACCAGAAAAGUUGUUAGGCAGAAACAAAUUUGUUUGUAAUAUGAAAACUCUGGGAUGGGUUUGGAAUCCCAUUGGAUUGUAAACUGGGAUUUGUGUUAUUAUUAUUACUACCACUAUUAUUCCUAAUAUUUUUUUUUCCACCUUUUCUCCUUUUAUUCAUCAAGUUUUGCUUUUUACUUGUUUUUUUCUUCUUCUUCUUCUUUUUUCUUCUUCUUCAACUCCAAAGAUAAAGCGAGGAGUGGGAGGGGAAAGGGAGGAAGAGAGGUUAAUCAAUUGAUGUGAUGGUGAGGAAAACACACACCAUUGUUGAUCUCAUUUCAAAACAAUUUGUUUUGUUUUGAUUUGAUUUGAUUUCUUUCAUGUGGGUGUUAAUGUGCUACAUGGAAGAAGCUUGUUUUGGCGCGCAAAAUUUCGUUCAUUAAUGUUCUUUUCCAAAUUUAAAAGGAGUUCUUUACAAGAAUUUCUUUCGGAAAAUUCAUAAUUUUUUCCGAAACUCUUUCCUCUGAGCCAGGCACCACCACCACCACCGUAUUUCUUAAAUGGCCCCUCCUAAUCUUAACACGUUCAGGCUUUAUCAACUGUGGAAGGGAAACAACAAAUUCUUAUGUGGUGGGAGGUUAGUGUUUGGCCCAGAUGCUGCAUCACUGUUCUUGACAUCAUUCCUAAUUGGAGGCCCAGCAAUCACAUUCUGCAUAAAGAUGUUGCUAAUGAUGGCCACAGACCCUGCUUUCAGCUACCCUAUACUUGUUGGUGGAUGGGUCCUCCUAGUUAUGGACUUUGCAUUCUUGUUCCUGACAUCAAGCAGGGAUCCAGGGAUCAUCCCAAGGAACUCGCAUCCGCCGGAGAUGGACGAGUCGAUGGACAUGACGUCGACGUCGAUGGAAUGGGUGAACAACAGGCUAUCAAACUUCAAGCUCCCCAGGACAAAAGAUGUGUUUGUGAAUGGUUACAGUGUGAAAGUGAAGUUCUGUGACACUUGCUUGUUGUACCGUCCCCCUAGGGCUUCCCAUUGCUCCAUAUGCAACAAUUGUGUCCAAAAGUUCGACCAUCACUGCCCAUGGGUGGGCCAGUGCAUUGGAUUGAGGAACUACCCAUUUUUCAUAUGCUUCAUAUCAUCAUCGACCAUGUUGUGUCUAUACGUGUUUGUGUUCUCAUGGAUCAACAUCAUCCGCCAACAAGGACCCUUGUGGAGUGUUCUUUCCAACGACAUCAUCUCCCUAAGUUUGAUAAUCUAUUGCUUCAUUGCCGUUUGGUUUGUUGGAGGACUCACUGUUUUCCACUUCUACUUGAUCUCCACUAACCAAACGACUUAUGAGAAUUUUCGAUAUCGAUAUGACAAAAAGGAGAACCCAUUCAGAAGAGGGUGCCUGCAAAAUUUCAAAGAAGUGUUUGUGUCGGACAUUCCGCCAUCUGCGAUGAACUUCAGGGAAUGGGUGGCUCCUGAGGAGAUCUCCAAUGAUUCAGUGAGGAGUGUGAGCAUGAAUGGGCAUAAUACGUUAAGGGGCUCUAAGGAGAAAUUUGAUUUGGAAAUGGGAGGAGAUAAGCUUGGAAAGGAAGGGACUAAGCUCCCAGCCAUUUUGCAGAAUUUGAAUUUCAAUGAUGAUGAUCAUGAUGAUGAUUUGAAGAGGAAAGGGAACACUGAUGGUGGAGUUGCUACUUUCGAUCCUUAUAAUGGUUUGUCAGAUCGCCAUGACUUGCAACAUAAGAUCAUGAAUGCGGGAUCAACUCUUCACGAACAACCUACACGCUAGAUGAAAGUUUUUAAUAAGAGCUAUAAUCUAUUAAUCAGGUAAUAAAUUUAGAUUUCAGUUCUAAUUAUGUAAAAAGCAUCUCCAGUCUUUUAAAUGCUCUUUCGGUAUUAGAUUUUUUUCAAUAAUGCAUCUCUAUUUUCUAGGAUCCAUAUGCAACAUGGCAUGGAAGCAAUACCCUCAAGACUCCACCAUCCAAAUAUAGUUGAAGAUUGUGUAAUUCCAAGUAAGAUGGACUAGUUUCAACAUUGAUAUUAACCAUUAUAUCUUAUCUAAUGUAAAAGCAAAUAAAACUAGUUAUAUGCAUUGAUUGUUGGAUUAACAUUUUCUUUUUUUUUUUGGGUCCACAGAUGAGAGAAAUGAGGUGGAGUAGAUCAAAUGAGGCUUUGAGAUGUCAAAUUGAGAGGUGGUAAAAGAUUCAAAAUGGAAAUGUGUGGAUGCGAUGUAUAAAACAUUUUGAAAGAGUUAAAAUUAGCAUAUAUUUGAAUUCCUUUCUUUUGUCCCAUCCUUGGUUCCACACCAACUCCUUAUCUUUUGGAGGUGAAAUUUGUGUCAAAAUCGAAGUAAAAAGUACAAAGAGAAAACACAAGGACUAGAAGAAGAAAAAUAAUGCAAUUAUAACUUGAAUCAUGGUCUCAUCACAUAGCUUCGUUAGAUUACAAAAUUGUUAAGAUCAAAAGGUGUAAUUUUUAGUUUAUUUUCAUAAUGUGCUUAUUCUCACUUUAUAAUGAUAGACGACUUUUUCUUGGUAAUUUUGUACGGAAUAGGGGAAAUAAAAAAAUAUUGUUUAGAAUGCUUUGAAAUAUGUUUUGCUUGAAAGAAAGAUGAAACGAAGAAGGAAAGGAAAAAAAAAAAGGAAUGACAGGCACCUCAUAAAAUAAUCACCCAUAAAAGGUCCCCUAGUGUUGAUACAAAUAGACAUCCUACAAUGAUUUAGGAUUAGUUUGAGUGGAAUAUGACCCCUCGUGUUUAUUCUCUUUUACAUUAUUUGAAAAUUUUGUUACAUUCUUUGUAUAUGUAUACUAUCACCAAUACAAGAACUCCACCGUGUUGUUUUUAUUUAGUGUUCUACUGGCCAAUACAAAUUUAUCGGACGAGACUCAUGAUGACGAAAUUGUCACACCAGACAUAUGCUUCAAAAAUCGUGUGCCUAAUUGCGAAUGAUAUAUCUGUCUAGCUAUAUCAUCCAUUAUGUUAACUGAAUUGUCGGUGGAGCCAAGAUUCUUGUUCAGGGAGGGGGAGGGGGAGGGGGAGGGGGGGGGGGGGGGGAACUAUUUUUCAAGGGUGCUAUAUAUUCCAAAAUUAUCAAACUCAAGGUCAGUCCACCUCACAUAACCUAAUUACCCACCAAGAUCCAAGCCAACCCGCCCUUAUCCUAUUACCCAUACUCCAAAUCAUAAUUCCUAAUCCAACGUCAUCCCUGUCGACCUCUUCUUCUCAUCUCACUCUCAAUCUUGGAUCUAAAACUUCACCAUACUUCUUUGAGCUUUAUUGCACGAUUUCAAAUCUGAUCGAUGGGAUCGAGACAGAAGCAAUGCUAAUGUUAUGGAGGAGAGCGUUAAACUGGCAAGUGCAUUGAAGAAGCAAAAAGGAAAUGCGAAAGACGGGGUUAGCAGUAAAUAUGUACCUUUAUCUUCUCACUAAUGUUGCACUAGCGUUUUGCCCGGCCAGUUGGCCGGAUGAGGUUUGUUAUCGUGCUCUGCUGAUAGACGUAAUGUAAGUAAGGUUGUCAAAUCGAUUAAAAUGUAUGAGCUAAUCAAGUUAGUGGUUUAAGGUUUAAUAGUCAGAUGGCUCCCAAAUCGAUUAAAAUGUAUGAAGGGAU